AUGGCACUCUCCGCAGCCGAAAAAAAUAAACGUUUACGAGAGAAACAGAAAGCUACUGGUCAACAUGAUUCAAUCAAAAAGAAAGAUCGUCAACGAAAAAAACUUGCUCAUUCAAACCUUUCUCCCAAACAUUUGGCUGAAUUACGUUUAAAACAAAAUGCUAAUCUUCGUAAACUUUGCACAAAAAGUAAACAAACGCUGGUCUAA